AUGCCCAACCCAAACGUUCAUUUUCUGAGGCAGCUGGCCAAGCUGGCCCUCAUCUUCAGCCACAUGCAUGCAGAGCUGGGCACACUCUUCCCUGGGGGAAAAUACCACGGCCACCUGUACCAGCUGACCAAGGCCCCCGCACACACCUUCUGGAGGAGCUGCUGUGGAGCCCGGUGCGUGGUGCCCUGGGCUGAGUUCCAGUCGCUGCUGGACACCUGCCACCCUGUGGAGGCCGGGCCCACCGCCCAGGCCUUGCGCUCUACCAUGGACCUCACGUGCAGUGGCCACGUGUCCAUCUUUGAGUUCGACAUCUUCACCAGGCUCUUCCAGCCCUGGCCCACGCUGCUGAAGAACUGGCAACUCCUGGCCGUCAACCAUCCGGGCUACAUGGCCUUCCUCACAUACGACGAGGUCCAGGCCCGCUUGCAGUCCUGCAGGGACAAGCCGGGCAGCUACAUCUUCAGGCCUAGCUGCACCCGCCUGGGACAGUGGGCCAUCGGCUACGUGAGCUCGGGUGGCAGCAUUCUGCAGAUCAUCCCCUCCAACAAACCCCUGUUCCAGGUGCUCCUGGAGGGACAGAAGGACGGCCUUACCGCCGCCACACAGCAGGUGGCAGUCAAGCAUCUGGAGUGUCACCGAGCUCCAUCCACAAGGGGCCGUGAGCAGCUGCGGCUCUACCUGGCCAUGGACUCCACGUUCGAGCUUUGUAAGAUCUGUGCGGAGAGAGACAAGGACGUGAGGCUGGAGCCGUGCGGCCAUCUGCUCUGCAGCCGCUGCCUGACCACCUGGGAGCACACAGACAGCCACACCUGCCCCUUCUGCCGCGGGCAGAUCAGAGGCCGAGAGGCUGUCAGCAUCUGCCAGGCCCAGGGCGGGGCGCGUGCGUGGACCAGUGCCCCAGAUGGCCUUGGUGAGGAAGAGGAGGAGCCCGGGCAGGUGUCUCCUCCCCCGCUGCCCCCCAGGAGGCCCAGGAGCUGGCUGGAGGUGGCCCCUCUGGUCCUACCCAAACUCCGGGCUCCUCUUCCCUUGCCUAGAAUAAAAACCAUGGCCUCAGCCCCGUGGGACGCCACCCCCCGCCCCCAGGCCUCGGAGGAGGCCACGGAAAGCUCCUGAGGGGAAGAGUCACCCCUCCAGCUGGCCCUGGAGGGGAAGGCAACCCCGCCAUCCUGCCGGGGCCGGAGACCAGGUGAGGCCACGCCCUGUCUCUCCAGCUUCCCUGGGUGGGUGGAGAGGAUGCUGCCCUGGGCAUCACACAUUCUAACCAGCUGUCUUCUGUCCCCACAGGGCAGCCAGCCAGACACACACACA